AUGGGCAUUGCCCGCAAGAUCUAUCGCCUGGGAAGUCAAACAAUCGACGAGAACCAAACAUCAGCUAUUCCGGACGGUGGAGCAGGUACCCGCACCCCUCUUCCGAGGAACGGCUGCCAGCGUCUUCCAAUACCCACCAUUCUUGAAGGCCGCUUCCCGGAUCUUGGCACAAUCCAGUUGCUGCUAGAGGAGUACUUUGAGGCUGUCCAUUGGUUCUCUCUCGUCCUAUACGAGCCAAAGUUCCGCAGACAGCUCCAGUCGAUUGAAGAUGGCUUGGCACAUCCCUCGGAGGCGCCUUUCUUGAUCCUGUUAUCGACAGUGCUCGGUAUGGCAGCAUGGUAUCAGUCCAAAAAGGGUCCUCGUGAUGGGAGCCAAGAAUGGAAGCUAUGGAGCGAUGAUCUACUCAAGAUUGUAGAAACGCGGCUGGUCCAGGUCAUGGAUCAGCGCUCUUUGGCGGCGGUGCAGACCCUCAUCCUAUUGGGGUCUCAUCAUGUGUACCACGGUCGGCCAAAUCUGUCUUUUGCCCUGUUGGGUGCAACCAUCAAGAUGUCUCACGCCUUGGGUCUACAUCGAAGACAAAAGGACGGAUCGUUCGACGACGUUGAGGAGCGUAAGCGGGUAUGGUGGACAAUCUACACAUGGGAUAGAUUCGCCUCGAUCUCGUAUGGACGUCCUCUUAGUAUCAACGACGAAGACUACAAUGUCGACUUGCCAGCCAAGUUCACCGAGUCGCCGUUCUUUGGGGUCGAUGCCGCACACGCACAAGCAACUGGCAUUUGCUACUCGCCGUAUCAGACAGAGCUAACGCAGUUAUACCUCAUCGCAUCACCAGCGCUGAAGAAAAUAUUCGGCUCUCUGUCGGCACGCGCAACACACCAAUACUUCGACUCGGUGCACCGGUCCAUGAUCAGCAACGUGACACAAAGACUGGCAUCGUGGCGCCGCCAUUUGCCGCCGGAUUUAUGCCUGGACCUGAAGCGAGACUACGACCCUCUCGCCACGGGCUGGGGCGUACGGGCGCAUCUUCUUCAAUCUUUGUCCUUGCAGCUGACAUUCGACAACCUGUUGAUCGUGCUGCAUCGGCCAUUUCUGACUCGUCAGUUGGAGAACCUGUCUUUGAGCAGUCCCGGACCCAAUGGCAGCAGCGUCGCAGACAUGAUUUCGCCAUCGGCAAGCCACGCCGGCCCUCAAAGCCUAGCCUCCCACGGCGGCAGUGUCCACUCGCCCCGUGAGAGUCAGGAUUGUUUCGGAGUCGAGCCAACGGCGAUUUCGGAACAAUGGUGGGACGCAGCAGUCAGAACUGCCAGCGUGACGGAACUACCGCAGCUCACCCAACUUGCGACUGAAAGCCACCUCGUGGCAUUUGUGGCCAUGAACAUGUUCAACGCGGCCAUUGUCCUGAUCCUGGUUGCCCUCUCGGACCCUCUUUCCGACCAAGCCCAAGGGAUAAAGAGGCCGAUUACCAAGGUCUUCCGGCUGGAAGAGCUCCUGGGUCAGAGAUCGUCGCUGUCUAGCCAAAGCAGUGCUGUGCUGAAGAAUCUCAUACGUCUGCUCCUUCGACGCGAGAGUGAAGCCAUGAUCGGACCGACCGCCCCCCCGAGCUCGGGCGUCGUGGAUCAUACGGCGGCACCGCAGCCUCCUCUACCCGACGUCGGCCCCUCUUCUGCAGUGUCGGAGCGAGUCUCUCACACCCAGACCGAAUCCUGGCAGAUCCUGUUCCAUACUGACUUGCGCUAG